CCAUGGAGCGGGCGCAGACGGGCCGGUCGAGCUCGCGCAGGCGCCGGGCGAAGGAGCGCGGCUCAGCAGCGGUGACAGAGGAGCGCAGCUCCCCGAGGGAGGCGGCAGGCGGCAUGGGCGCGGGCCCGGCGCUGGUCGCGCUGCUGCUGGCCGGCUCGGUGCUGAGCGCCACGCUACUCGCCCCCGGCCGCCGGGCGGAGCAAGAUGUAGAUGAGAAGAGGCCUGUGGAGCUGAAGAUGGAUCAGGCUCUGCUUCUCAUCCACAAUGAACUAUCGGGAACAAGCCUAACCGUCUACUGGAAAUCUGAGUCCUGUUACCAAUGCACCUUCCAGCCUCUGGCGAACGUCUCUCACAGUGGCAAACCUGCGAAGCCACGCGUUACGGCCGUCUCAGUGAGCACCCAGCACGGGUCCAUCCUACAAGUCAAUUACACCCAGGGAGAGACUGCAGCUUGCAGGCUGGAAUACAAAUUUGGAGAAUUUGGAAACUAUUCCCUUCUGAUCCAGCAUGCUUCCCCUGGAGCCAGUGAAGUCGCCUGUGACCUAGUUGUCAACGAGAAUCCAGUUGACAGUAACCUUCCUGUGAGCAUUGCAUUCCUUGUUGGUCUAGCCCUCAUCAUCGCGAUAUCUUUCCUGAGGUUCUUACUGAGUUUGGAAGACUUCAAUAAUUGCAUUUCUAAGGCAAUAACUUCUCGAGAAACUGACCGCCUCAUCAAUUCUGAGCUAGGAUCCCCAAGCAGAGCAGACUCCCUCAGUGAUGACUGUCAACCAGAAACACGACGUGUGCCUGCCUCGCCUUACCGUCUCCGAUGCGUGGACACGUUUAGGGGGCUAGCCCUCAUCCUCAUGGUCUUUGUCAACUACGGCGGAGGAAAGUAUUGGUACUUCAAGCAUUCCAGCUGGAAUGGACUGACUGUGGCCGACCUCGUCUUCCCCUGGUUUGUAUUUAUUAUGGGAUCUUCAAUUUUCUUGUCAAUGACUUCUGUCCUACAACGAGGAUGUUCCAAAUUCAGACUGCUGGGGAAAAUCGCAUGGAGAAGCUUCCUGCUAAUCUGUAUAGGAAUUAUAGUUGUCAACCCCAACUAUUGCCUUGGUCCAUUGUCUUGGGAUAUGGUGCGGAUCCCCGGUGUCCUGCAGCGGUUGGGAGUGACGUACUUUGUGGUCGCUGUGUUGGAGAUCAUCUUCUCGAAGCCUGUCCCUGACAGUUGUACCUUGGAGAGAAGCUGCCUUUCUCUUCAGGACAUCACUUCCAGCUGGCCCCAGUGGCUCGUCAUUCUGAUACUUGAAAGCAUUUGGCUGGCUUUGACGUUCUUUUUACCUGUCCCUGGGUGCCCUACUGGCUACCUUGGCCCUGGCGGUAUUGGGGACUUGGGGAAGUACCCUCGCUGUACUGGAGGAGCAGCUGGCUACAUUGACCGCCUACUUCUGGGAGACAAUCAUCUGUACCAGCACCCCUCCUCCACUGUCCUUUAUCACACUGAGGUGGCCUAUGACCCGGAAGGAAUCUUAGGGACUAUCAACUCCAUUGUGAUGGCAUUUUUAGGAGUUCAGGCAGGAAAAAUACUCCUGUAUUACAAGGACCAGACGAAAGCCAUCCUGAUGAGAUUUGCUGCCUGGUGCUGCGUCCUUGGGCUUAUUUCUAUUGCUUUGACAAAAUUGUCUGCAAACGAAGGCUUUAUUCCGAUAAACAAAAACCUCUGGUCCAUUUCGUACGUCACCACCCUGAGCUGCUUUGCCUUCUUCAUCCUGCUCGUCCUGUACCCCGUCGUGGAUGUGAAGAGGCUGUGGACAGGAGCCCCGUUCUUUUAUCCAGGGAUGAAUUCUAUUCUGGUGUAUGUUGGUCACGAGGUGUUUGAGAACUACUUUCCCUUCCGGUGGAAGCUGGAGGAUGACCAGUCACACAAAGAGCAUCUAAUUCAGAACAUGGCUGCCACCGCUGUCUGGGUGCUCAUUGCCUACGUUCUCUAUAAAAAGAAGAUCUUCUGGAAAAUCUGACAGCACUCCCUGAUAGGCUUUGCUGGAGGAGCCCAGAGGCCCUGGGAGAAGGAUGGAACUGUCUUUAUUAAAGGACUCCUCCCCACAAAAGGGACAUACUUACGGAAGCUGUGUCCUGUGUCGAGCUGACUUGCUUAGCCAUCAGAAAGCUGCCUGUAUGUUUUUACUUAUAUAUUUACAUAUUUAAAAUGUUAUGUUCGCCCUUUCCUUCAUUUUCUAUGAAAUUGAUAUUUUUGGAACGUGCGUGGAGGGGUUUACAAUGGACAUUUUGCUUCUGUAAUGUGCUGGGUUUGACUCAGAGGUAGAAUGUUUUCCUAACUUGGACAGUUUGAUCUCUGCACCACAGACAAGCAAACCACAACAAGAACACAAGAAAACCCAAAGGACCACUUCUUAUUUCCUGAAAACUGCCUUCCCCUGUGUAUAUGCAUGCCAACAAAAAUACCACGGUUUCUGUUGUGAGACUUAUAUAAAGCUUUUUGAAUGGACUGUCUCAUAAUUUUGUCUAAUUUUUUUUAUAGCAUGCACUUUAAUGUUUCUAGGAAGCCAAAGUAAUUUUCAAGGCUUUGAUGAGCCAACAAAAUGCAUUAUCCAAAGUGACCGGCUUCUCCCCCCUCCCCUGCCCGGAAAACACUGAAGCAUAGGUAGGUUUAUUAUUGUUGGUUACUCUUGUUGCACUGUGCCCAUCCAUCCAGCCUACUAUUUACUGCUGUCUAUCUGUCUGCCUGUCUGCACUGGCAUGUCUCUGGAUGGUACUAGGCGUCUCUAGGCGCCAGAGAUGUAUCCGAUGAAGGAAGAGCAUCUGCUCUCGCUGUGAUCCUCUGAGCUGCCCCUGUGUAAGGUGCAGGGCAGCCGUCUGGCCUGUCAGAGCUUUGGUUCCUCAUUCAUGGAAGGAAAGGGAUGGGCAUGCUCCAUCAGGUCUCCCCAGUGUUUAGAUGUGAUAAGCUGGGGUCUCUUGGCAGCUUCUCUGAAAUCCUCACUGUAAUCUUAUAGGAAACCCUGGAAAAGGAAUAAUAGGGAAACCUAUAACUCCAUCGGAGUGAAUGUUAUCAAAUGUCCAUCCACAGUUUCCGGAGCAGAGGUGAUAUAUGUGGAAGGACAGCCCUUGUGUGCUGUGCAUGUCAUUCCCUCGUGGGGAUUUUUCAUGGGUAUUGUAUAGUAAAGGAGAAUCGUGACGGGGUUGUACUUCAGGUCACUCUUCCGUGGUGGCCUGGGGACACGUUUGUGUGGCUUUUAAGUCCCCCCCCCCAUUUACUUAUGUUCCCAAUUAAGAAAUACACAUUAAUCAUUGCUAAGUCUCAGUUCUUUCUCAAUCUUCCACGUCUGCCUGCUUCAUUCUCCCUGUUGCGGCUGCUGUUCGAGUCUAGACGCUUGCCUCCUUAUGGGACUCCUUAUCCACUGCCAUCAGAUUCAACUUGAGAACGAAGGAGUUGGAUCAGACCACCAUCUUGUCCAAUCAGUGGGGCCGGAGGCAUCAUCUCUGGCAGGUACAGUGGUCUUCAUUUGAUCCCACUCCUCCCAUGUCUCCCCACCUCCUUCUCAGCCUUACUUGGCCCUCCCUCCCUCCUGACUGCCAUCUUCGGUUCUCCCCACCUGGAUUUGAUCUGUCAUUUCAAAUGCCCCAUUGUGGAAGCACCACCUCUCACCUCGUUCCCAUCCAGAGCUGACACCUUUGGGGUUCUCAAAUAUUGACAUUCAUCUCGUGGCAUUAGUAGCUUCUGCCUCAUGUGAUGGUUACUUUCUGGUUACUGUGAUAUCAGUGGCAAGAAUUACAUAUUCUUCUACAUCUGUGUGGUGCCGGAUGUACUGCCUUGUGCUUAGCAAGUGCUGAAUAAACAGUUAUUAA